AUGCCUCUCCCCGCCGACGCCAUUGAUGUCUGUAAUCUGAUAAGCCUGGUGAACGACUCGGCAAAUUCUACGACUGUCAAUGACAGUACGCAGAAUGAUUCCGACAUCAAGGCUGUUCUUGAGGGGCUUGAAAAUCCACGCGUGGUCCAGGUGAUCGCACGAGGGAUUUCCAACCUUAUGAGUAACUGUAACGAAUCCGCUAUGUCCCCACUUAUGCCACCAAUCAUGCCUACCAACCACGUCGAGGCUGGCCUCGCUCAAACUACUACUAAUGCACUAUGCGUCGGCGGAGUGGCUCCGCAUGCCACCCUGCCUCUCGCAAAUAACUCUCAACACUAUCGACGAACAGCUUAUUAUUUUCCAUCCACCCCCACCUUCACACCAAGCCCUCCACAAGCCUUCCUUCCCUCCCCUGACGUAAUAUUCGCGACACCCCAAUUUACUGCUACCACUCUGAAACGCUCCGCAAGUACCGCCUUCUCCACAAACUCAGACUCAGUGGCCAAGUUCGGCGUCUACCCCUGCGGCUGGCAAAACUGCGGCCACCUCUUCACCAUCUCCCACAAGUUUAUCGAAGACCUACGCACCCACCUUCGUGAAGCCCAUUACCUGGCUAUGGGGUUAAGAGACCCGCUCAUUGCGUGCCAGUGGUCGUCGUGCAGGCUCACGGAGAAAAUCCCUGCGUCGAUGUUGGUGACGCAUAUCUUUGGACCUCACAUGAAGUUGAAUCAGGGGUGCAAGUUUUGUGGGACGGAGCUUUUCGGGGCUUACGCGCUCAGUAAACAUUUUCAGACGUGUAGGAAGGCGAAGAGGGUUAUAGUGGGCCGAGGGCACCCGGCGGCCCAUGCCACGAGCAAGAGAGUUAGGGUGAACUAG